GCUCCGUGACGGAAAACAAGAGUUCGGACUCCAACGUCUGGGCGCUCCUCUGAAGGUGUAGUGGUCCGUCCCCUGUGGUGUCCGGAAGGAAACAGCUCAUCAUGGGAUCUAUUCCGCUUAUGUAGCUACGGAAGAAGUGGAUGAGUGACUGUCCCUGUCGUGGUCCAGGAUGGCUAACAGCGCCAGGAGAGAUUCCCCGGAGCUCCCUGACUUCUCUCUGCUAAAGAGGCUGGCCAGAGAUCAGCUCAUCUACCUGCUGGAACAGCUUCCAGGGAAGAAAGACCUGUUCAUCGAGGCGGACCUGAUGAGCCCACUGGAUCGUAUUGCUAAUGUGUCCACACUAAAGCAACAUGAAGUCGAUAAACUCUACAAAGUGGAAUACAAACCUGUUGUCAGUACUUCAGAUCAACUCUGUUUUCUAAUCCGGCCAAGAAUACAAACUGUGAAGUGGAUAUGUGAUGUGGCCAAUGCCGACAAGGCAGCAGGAAAAUUUAGAAGAUACAAGAUAAUCUUUACCCCUCAGAAGUUCUACGCUUGUGAGGCCGUGCUGGAGGAGCAGGGGAUGUUUGGCGAUGUGACCACUGAUGAAUGGGCUUUCUACCUCCUUCCACUGGACGAUGAUAUCAUCAGUCUGGAGCUGCCAGAAUUCUUCCGAGACAACUUUCUGGCAGGAGACCAGCGCUGGAUGAGGACCGCUGGCAGCGCUCUGCACCUCCUCCACUCUCUUUAUGGUCCAUUUUCAAAGGUCUACGGGAUCGGACGAUAUUCUAAGAUGGCGUACGAGUCGUGGAGGGAGCAGGUGGAACAAGGAGAACAAAGAGCUCGUCAAGCAGAAAUAGGGAACGUUUUUCUCAUCGACCGAGAUGUGGACUUUGUCACUCCUCUGUGCUCACAAGUUGUCUAUGAAGGGCUCGUGGAUGAUAUAUUUAGAAUCAAAUGUGGAUGUGUGGAGUUUAGUCCUGACGUUACCGCCUCGGAUAAAAGUGUGAAAGUCAUGCUGAACUCUCAGGAUAAGGUUUUCAAUGAAAUCAGAAAUGAACAUUUCUCCAAUGUCUUCGGCUUCCUCAGUCAGAAAGCCAGGAAUCUCCAGACUGCUUAUGAUAAGCGUCGAGGGAUGGACAUAAAGCAGAUGAAGACGUUCGUAUCAGAGGAGCUCAAAGGGUUGAAGCAGGAACAUCGGCUGCUCAGCCUACACAUCGGUGCGAGUGAAUCGAUUAUGAAGAAGAAAACAAAGCAGGACUUUCAGGAGCUUUUGAAGACAGAACACUCUUUACUUGAAGGAUUUGAAAUCCGUGAAUGCAUUUCAUACAUAGAAGAGCACAUCAGCAGACAGGUUUCCAUGAUUGAAAGUUUGAGGCUGCUUUGUCUUCUGUCCAUCACAGAAAACGGACUCCUGCCAAAAGAUUUCCGCUCCCUAAAAGCACAGUAUCUUCAGAGCUAUGGAGUGGAUCAUCUGCUCACAUUUUCCAACCUGAGGCAGUUGGGGCUGCUGGUUGAGCAACAACCAGGAGAGACACUCACUGUUAUGGAGAGCAGAGUGGGCAAACUGGUCAAUGACAAGACUGCGGGAAAACUGACGGACGCCUUUUCAUCUCUGGCAAAGAAGAGCAAUUUCAGAGCUUUAAGCCGAAAGCUCAACCUGGUGCCAAAGUCAGAUGAAGAAUAUGACCUGCGAGUCCCUCGAGACAUGGCUUACAUCUUCAGUGGUGCCUACGUCCCUCUGAGCUGCAAACUCAUCGAGCAGGUAUUGGAGCGAGAUGGCUGGACGGGGCUUGAAGAGGUCACCAGGCUGCUUAAUGGGAAUGAAUUUGCCGUUACAGGCAGCAAUGGAGCAAAGAAUGACGCUCAGCGGAUCAUCCUGGUCAUGUUCCUCGGCGGAUGCACCUUCUCUGAGAUCUCUGCUCUUCGCUUCCUCGGCAGAGAGAAAGGUUAUAAAUUCAUUGUGGUAACAACUGCCAUAACAAACAGCUCAAGACUGAUAGAGUCUUUGCUGGACAACCAUGUAUGAAGCCUGUCAGCACAUUGUCAUGGACAGAAACCGGAUGCAUUCCUGCCGCCUCUCGUCAUUCAUUCCCUGCAGCACCAGAUACAGAAAUGUUCGCUUUUGGUCUGUUUGUGCCACAAAAGAACUGUAAAGAUGUAUAAUGUGAAUAAAUGUUUUUUUUUUUUAAACAUGUUUUCUUUCAUGUUGAUACUGUGCAAAUUUUGCAGAACUUAAGUAUUUCCAUUUUUUGCUAUUUUCUUCUUCAACUCUGCCACUUUUCUUAGGAAAAUAUUGCACUUUGAGCUCAACUACAUUUGUCUAACAGGUUUUUAAAGAUGCAGAUAGACAGAUUAGAUAAUACAAGCUGCUAAAAAAAGAAGUACAACUUGAUAUUUAGGACUAAACGUUUGGGCUUCUUGCUACUUUUCCCUCUAAGGUUGUAACAUCUUAAUUUUGGACAUUUUCUAAUGAUUCAAAAUGUCAGAAAAAAAAAUAAAUAUUAGAGAAAAAUUCCAAAAAGUGGAAACAGGUUAAUGCAUUAACGUUUUUCUUAUUUCCUCUUCUAUUAACCUUAUGUCUCAUGUCAUUUAAAAUAAUGUAUCAGAGGGAUCAAACCAGGACUUUUACUUAAAUAAUUUAACUGCAUUUUGCUGCUAUGUAUUUUUCCCGAAGUGUGUGUUUGAAUGCAGGAUUUUUACUCCUAAUGAAGUGAUUUUGCGUUGAUGCAUUGAUACUUCUAGUAAAGUAGUAAAGUACGUGGUUACUUCUUCCA